GUUUAUACGUCAAAGGAAUCAGAUGAAAUAGAAAUAGCUUUUCAAUUGCUAAAUAAUAAAACAUUUGAUAUAGAUACUCCAUUAGAAACUAUACGUACAAAACAAUUAAUUAAUGAAAGAAAAUCUUACUUAUAUACAAAGAUUAGGCAAUAUAUAGAAGAUCCGUACAAAGACUUAUAUUGUAUAAAGCCAAAUAAAACUAAAAAUAAAGAUAAAUAA